AUGCAAUUCGAGCAGCCGGCGGGCUACCCGGCGCUGCCGACGUACCGGGCGAUCGACCAGAACGGCGUGGCCGUCGACCCGAGCUUCGAGCCCGACCUCAGCGACGAGGAGGUGGUCAAGCUGUACCGCGACAUGCUGACCGUGUCCGUCAUGGACCUGAUCAUGUUCGACGCCCAGCGCCAGGGCCGGCUGAGCUUUUACAUGGUGUCGGCUGGUGAGGAGGCCGUGUCGGUGGCGACUGCGUCGGCGCUUGAGAAGGAGGAUGUCCGCGGGUUUACCCUCGCCGACUUUAUGAACCAGCUGUUUGCGAACCAUAAGGAUCCUGGGAAGGGCAGGAACAUGCCGGUGCACUACGGCAGUCGGGAAUUGAAUAUCCACACCAUCUCUUCGCCCCUUGCGACGCAGCUUCCGCAGGCUUCCGGCGCCGCCUAUGCCCUCAAGAUUCAGCGGAUGCAGGACCCCAGCAUACCUCCGAGAGUGGUAGCAGCGUACUUUGGCGAGGGCGCAGCCAGCGAGGGCGACUUCCAUGCUGCCUUGAACAUCGCGGCGACUCGGUCCUGCCCGGUCAUCUUUGUCUGCCGCAAUAACGGGUACGCUAUCUCGACGCCGACGCUAGAGCAAUAUCGUGGCGACGGCAUCGCCAGCCGCGGUCUUGGAUACGGAAUUGAGACGAUUCGCGUGGACGGUAAUGACUUUUGGGCCGUCCGCGAGGUGAUGAAGAAGGCGCGCGAGAUCGCCUUGCAGGACGGCGGCAGGCCCGUUCUGAUCGAGGCCAUGACAUACCGCGUCAGCCACCACAGCACAUCGGACGAUUCGUUUGCCUACCGCGCCAAGGUAGAAGUGGAGGACUGGAAGAGGCGGGACAACCCGAUCGCGAGGCUGCGCAAAUGGAUGGAGGCGAAGGGGUGCUGGGACGAGCACAAGGAGAAGGAGGCCCGCGAGAGUAUUAGGCGGGAUGUGCUCAAGGCCUUCUCUGAGGCCGAGCGCGAGAAGAAGCCACCGGUCCGGACCAUGUUCGAGGACGUGUACGAAGAGCUGACGCCGGACCUGCAACAGCAGAUGAAGGAGUUAAAGAGCCAGCUAGAGAGAUACCCUGAUGACCGCAUUGUCAUCGCCGUGCUCUGCGUCUUGAGCAUCGCUGCACUUCUCGGCGUGCUCGGUAUCAAGUACGUCCGGACGGCCACUCGUGCUAUGGUAAAGUCGCGCGAGGCCCGUGACUCCGAGGCCCAGUAAGCCAGGUACGUGCGACUGCAUCCCAACAGGCGGUACGUCGGUGGUAUUGGUGAGGUGCAAGGACGGCGGCACGGCGGGAACAAACAAACUCGAACGUCAACCCCACCAUCCAUUCCACCCCCUUGGCGCGCAUCUCGACCCCGCAAACAGGGCUGAAACACACAGGGCGUUGGAUUCCCGGGUGUCAAGCCACAUGAGACAGCCACACCUCCGGG